UUGUUGUCGUGGUUCCGUCCGUCAGUGUCGGUGUGUGACCGGGGGAGGAUGGCCCACCGCUACCUGCGGCUGUCCGCCGGCUGCAGGAGCAUGUUCCGCCCGCUGCUGCCCUCCAUCGCUCCGGCCCGGCUGGUCGUGUUCUCCACUGCGGCCGAACAGGUAGGGAGUGGGCGGGGCUUGUUGUGUGAGCUGCUGGGAGCGUGCACGAAGCUGAGCUCCAGACCUCCUAAAGGUUUUGAAAAAUAUUUUCCAGACGCUCAGAAACCUGCAAAGAACUCUGAGGCUGAAGCUGCAACGAAAGAAGCCAAACCUUCCACAGCUCAGACAGAGUCUGGAGGAGGAGGGGGAGGGGGGGGAGGAGGGGGAGGAAAAAGAGGAGGUCGUAAGGAUGAGUCCCACUGGUACAGCCGUCUGCAGAAGGGGGACGUUCCCUGGGACGAUAAAGAGUUCGGGAUGUACUUCCUGAUCGGAGCGACGUUCUGGACCACCGCCACUUAUUAUAUCUUCUUCAGGGACCGACGACGAGAGGUCACCUGGAAAGACUUUGUCAACAACUACCUGCCCAAAGGAGUGGUGGAUCGACUGGAAGUCGUCAACAAACGUUACGUCAAAGUGGUUUUCACUGCGGAGCAGUCUCCAGUGGGCGGAAACAUCUGGUUCAACAUCGGCAGCGUGGACACGUUCGAGAGGAACCUGGAAACGGCUCAGAACGAGUUCGGCAUCGAGGGAGAGAACCGGCUGCCGGUGGUUUACUCUACAGAGAGCGAUGGCACGUUUCUACUGAGCAUGCUCCCCACGGUGCUCAUCGUCGGCUUCCUGCUCUUCAUGCUGCGCCGGGGUCCGGCGGGGAUGGGGCGUCCCGGCCGAGGGAUGGGCGGACUGUUCAGCGUCAGCGAGACGACGGCGAAGAUCCUUAAAGACGAGAUCGACGUGAAGUUUAAAGAUGUGGCGGGCUGCGAGGAGGCGAAGCUGGAGAUCAUGGAGUUUGUCAACUUCCUGAAGAACCCCAAACAGUACCAAGACCUGGGCGCCAAAAUCCCUAAGGGCGCCAUCCUGACGGGUCCUCCGGGAACAGGAAAAACUCUUCUGGCCAAAGCGACGGCCGGUGAGGCCGACGUCCCGUUCAUCACCGUCAACGGCUCCGAGUUCCUGGAGAUGUUUGUGGGCGUCGGCCCCGCCAGAGUGAGAGAUCUGUUCGUCAUGGCGAGGAAAAAUGCCCCCUGCAUCCUAUUCAUCGACGAGAUCGACGCUGUCGGACGAAAGCGUGGACGAGGAAACUUUGGUGGACAGAGCGAGCAGGAGAACACCCUGAACCAGCUGCUGGUGGAGAUGGACGGCUUCAACACGGCCACGAAUGUGGUGGUUCUGGCAGGAACCAACAGACCAGACAUCCUGGACCCGGCGCUGAUGAGACCCGGACGCUUCGACAGGCAGAUCUACAUCGGUCAUCCGGAUAUUAAAGGUCGAGCCUCCAUCUUUAAAGUUCACCUGCGUCCUCUGAAGCUGGAGGCCAGCGUGAACAAAGACGCCCUCGCCAGGAAGAUGGCCGCCCUCACACCUGGAUUCUCAGGCGCUGACAUCGCUAACGUCUGUAACGAGGCGGCCCUGAUCGCCGCUCGCCACCUUUCAGACGCCAUCAACCAGAAACACUUUGAACAGGCUAUCGAGAGGGUCAUCGGAGGUCUGGAGAAGAAGACUCAGGUCCUGCAGCCGGAGGAGAAGAAGACGGUGGCGUAUCAUGAAGCCGGCCACGCCGUCGCUGGAUGGUUCCUGGAGCAUGCCGACCCUCUGCUCAAGGUGUCCAUCAUCCCCAGGGGGAAGGGUCUGGGUUACGCUCAGUACCUUCCUAGAGAGCAGUACCUGUACACCCGAGAGCAGCUGCUGGACCGGAUGUGUAUGACUCUGGGAGGGCGAGUGUCCGAGGAAAUCUUCUUCGGAAGGAUCACCACCGGAGCUCAGGACGACCUCCGCAAGGUCACGCAGAGCGCCUACGCACAGAUCGUUCAGUUCGGGAUGAACGAGAAGGUGGGUCAGGUUUCCUUCGACCUCCCCAGGCAGGGCGAGAUGGUUCUGGAGAAACCAUACAGUGAAGCUACGGCUCGUCUCAUCGACACUGAGGUCAGAACCCUCAUCGGCGAUGCUUACCGGAGAACCCAGCAGCUGCUGAACGAAAAGAAGGCAGAGGUGGAGAAGGUGGCUCUGCGGCUUCUUGAGAAGGAGGUUCUGGAUAAGAGCGACAUGGUGGAGCUGCUCGGUAAUCGUCCAUUUGCAGAGAAGUCGACGUACGAGGACUUUGUGGAGGGAACCGGAGGCGAGGACGAGGACACGACUCUGCCGGAGGGGCUGAAAAACUGGAACCAGGAGAAAAAGGACAAGGAGGAGAGUCAGGACGAGCAGGUCGCCCGUCAGAUCUCUGGAGGAAUGCCCUUCUAGAACCUUCUGGUGGACAACUGGGUUCCUCACUGACUUCCAGAAUAAACAUCAAGAGCUCUGCAGUUGCUCGUAGAACUUUUUUCUUGGAGUUCUGCAUAAAACACCAAACUUCCCCCUCUAAAGUUCCUAUUAGUUGUGUGUCCAUGUGUCUAGAACCCUGGUUCUGCACCAAAGAUCAACCUUCACCCCCUAGAAUGUUCUGUGGGUUUUCUGGAUUGGACCACAAAUUACAAUCACUUCAUCUACGUGAUCUAGAACCCGCUCUGCUCAGUCCUAGAACCACCUUUCUAGAGUUCUACACCAGAUCUGCUCCUGAUUGUUAGAACCUCCACCUCAUGGAACCUCUGGAUUCUGAGUUGUCAUGCAGGAAACUUUUUAUUUUCUAUGGUGACGUCAAGAGCAGAACACUCAAGUUUGUACUUGUUCUGGAAUAUUUCUUUAGAGAACCGUAUCUUUAAUCUGCUGGGCUCUGAUACGCAGCCUCCUGUCUGUAGAACCCUGGACCUUAGAACACUAACAGCAGUUCUAAGUGUUCUCUAUAUUGACAUUGUCCAAUCUAGAUUAAUUACAGUACACACUUAUAGAAUGUUCUCAAACGUGGUUCUACACUCUUUAACAACAUACAUAAAGUAGAACCAGCCUCCGGUGUGAAGAACCUUCGUCAGCUGACACUGACACUAGGUGUCACUAAGUCCAACACACAGAACCUCCAGAGAAUUCUGUUGAGUUAGAAUUCUUCAAAGAACUGUUCUCUCCCCGUCAACUCUUGUUCCAGAACAUUUUCUACAACACGUGGUUCUGGAUCUGUCACAGAACAUUCACCCGUUGUGAAAAAGUUCUACAGUCCAACUGUUCUACAGGCUGUUGCAACAAAUGUGUAUUUAAUCGGAACCAACACUAGAACCCUUUUCAAACUGACUGGUUAUGUUUACAUCAGGCAGGGUUCUGGGUCAUUCUCAACAUUUCUGCUCUUGAAGUUCUACCUGAUGCAGGUUCUCCAUCCGGACCUGACUGGUUCCUCAUCUCACAGUUCUACUGUGAACCCUGGUUCACAGUAGAACCACCUGCUGAUGGAAGAAUAGUGCUCGAUAAAAAUACAAGAAUAAAAAUGACUUUACUUCAGCUUCAGUUGUUUAUCAACGAUUAUUGAUCCUGAAAAUAUUGAUGAUGAUCUUUCUGGUUUUCAGUGUUCUGGGAUCUUCGUCAUCAAACUGUGAUUGUGUGAGAGUCUGCUGAUCAGAUAUUGAUUAGUUGUGAUCAGUUAUUGCUCUUCGCUGCAGCUGAUUGUAACAUGAUGUGAAAUAUUAAUAGUUUAAUGUGUUCCAUGUUUCGGUGAAACAGUCUGAAACAGGCAGCAACUAUAAUAAUCAAUAAUCAAUCAGUCAUUAGAAGCUUUGUCUCCGCCCUGUGGCCGCGAGAGUCAUGACAUCAACAAUACAUCAUCGUUAACGUGGAGUUCAUGAACUGAACGAAUAUGUUGACCGAUGGAAGUGAUGAAAUAUAUGAACAAGAAAUUAAAUGUAUCUGAUGUGAAA